UCAAUAAAGAAGUACACUGCCACAUUAAUUUAAACAAAUAUUAACGAUAAACUAAAUUAAGUAUUAAUAACGAUGGAGUUAGAAAAUCGAAUGUUUUCAAAGUUCGUAUAUAUCGCAAUUGUUGUUUCAGUAUACUGGAUAAUUUCUAUAUUAACAGUAUUUAUAAACAAAGCUCUUUUAUCCAGCGAACUUAUAAAUUUAGAUGCACCACUUUUUGUAACAUGGUGUCAAUGUAUAGUAAGCUUAAUUAUUUGUGCAACUCUUAAUAAUCUAUCAAAAUGGUUCCCAAACCAUAUUAAGUUUUCAAGUGGGAAUCCGUAUACUAGAGAAAAUCUUAGGAAGGUAUUACCAUUGUCCCUUUUGUUUACUGGGAUGAUAGCAACUAACAAUUUAUGUUUGAAAUAUGUUGAUGUUGCAUUUUAUUAUGUAGGACGUUCUCUAACAACUGUAUUUAAUGUCAUUUUCACAUAUCUUAUACUGGGUCAAAAGACUUCUGCAAAAUGCAUUGCAUGCUGUGGAUUUAUUGUGAUCGGAUUUUGGCUUGGUGUGGGUCAAGAACACGUUGCUGGUUCUUUAUCUAUUGUAGGAACAAUUUUUGGUGUACUUGGAUCAUUAACACUUUGUUUAUAUUCCAUUCAUAUGAAGCAAGUUCUUCCAAAAUUAAACCAAGAUAUUUGGUUACUUUCUUAUUACAACAAUGCGUACAGCGUUUUUAUAUUCCUUCCACUAAUGAUAGCAAAUGGAGAACAUCUUACAGUAUAUAAUUACGAUAAAAUUGGGUCCCUAUUAUUUUGGUCUGCUAUGGUUGUCGGUGGUAUUUGUGGAUUUGCUAUUGGCUAUGUUACAGCACUCCAAAUAAAAGUAACAUCUCCUUUGACACAUAACAUCAGUGGAACUGCUAAAGCUUGUGCUCAAACAAUUUUGGCAACUUACUGGUUCAAUGAAGAAAGAUCAUUUAUGUGGUGGAUAAGUAAUGUAAUUGUUCUUGGCGCUAGUGCAAUGUAUGCCAGAUUAAGACAACUUGAUUUAAGCAGAGAAUACAAAGAAGAUAAACAACAAUUACUGUAAAAAGAAUAAUAUAAAACUGAACUGUGAAAUUUAAUUAUAUUAAAUACAUACCUACCUAGAUAAAAGUACAUACUUUAUAUAUAACAUAGACAAAUUUAUUAUAUCUUUUAUUGUAUAAAAAAUGGUGUAAAAAUAAGUAAAUGAAAAUAAUUAAAA